AUGCAGGAGAAGAAAUGGGUAACGCUUGAGGUCGACCAGCUUUCAGAUGUUGUCUGGAAUAAGAGAGCUUUUGACAGUUUGGUCGUCGAUGAGGAAACCAAGACACUCAUAACGGCGAUGGUCACCAACCAGAUUGACGCAGAGAAGAAUACGGACUUGAUAAGCGACAAGGGAAAUGGAUUGAUUGUCUUGCUUCAUGGUGGCCCUGGAACAGGGAAAACACUCACAGCCGAAAGUGUGGCUGAGCUUUCAGAGAAACCUCUAUACCGUGUCACUUGCGGAGAUAUUGGAACAAACCCAGAGGGUGUGGAAAAGGUUCUGUUCCUCAGAGUCCUCGAAUAUUAUGAUGGAAUCCUCGUUCUCACUAGCAACCGAGUCGGAACCUUCGACGAAGCCUUCAAAUCCCGUAUCCAACUCUCUCUGCGCUACGAAAACCUCACACGACCACAAAGACAUCAGAUUUGGGAAAAUUUCAUCGACAGACUCGAAACAUUCGACAACAAUGAGGUUAACUUCGAGGAGUUGCGCAGACACGUGAAGGAUCUUGCUGCGUACAAUAUGAAUGGUCGUCAGAUCCGAAAUGCUAUUACUACGGCCCGUCAGCUGGCGUUGUAUAAGAAGCAGCUCAUGAGUUUUGCGGAUCUGGUGCAUGUUAUUAAUGUGGCGAGCAAGUUCGAUAAGUAUUUGUUGGAUAUGCAUUCGGGGGUCAGUGAGGAUGCUCUUGCGAGGGAGUAUGCAAUUCGUUGA